GUUCUCAUACCUGCACUGCAGAAACAAACAGAAACACGACAACCCGCAACAUUCAUAGCCGUGUGAAAUCUCGCUGCAAAAUGACUUUUUGGGCAACGCAAGGUUGACUUUCUUGUGUUAUUUUUAUUUUUUACUUUUUGACAAACAUUCGUCUUGACACGAUGCAGACCCAGUUCGUCGGGUUUUGCUUAGCAGUUACCGGCUUCAUGGGAACCAUUCUCAUCUGUGCUCUCCCUAUGUGGAAGGUGACGCCAUUCGUUGGAGCGAACAUCGUCACUGCUCAGGUGUUUUGGGAAGGUCUGUGGAUGAACUGCGUGAUCCAGAGCACAGGCCACCUACAGUGCAAAGCCUAUGACUCCGUCCUCGCCUUGCCUCAGGACCUGCAGGGCUCCCGGGCCCUUGUCUGCGUUUCCCUCGGUGUCAGCGUGGUGGCCAUCGGGCUCAGCGUGGUCGGGGUUCGGUGCACCAACUUCUGUCGGUAUGACAGGCUGACUAAAACUAACAUCGGCAUAGGUGGAGGCGUGGUGUUUAUCAUUGCAGGGGUCCUGUGCAUCAUUCCUGUCAGCUGGUCGGCUCACACCAUCAUCACAGGAUUUUACAGCCCCUUAGCCACAGAGCAGAGGAGGGGGGAACUGGGAGCUUCCAUCUACAUUGGCUGGGUGUCUGGGGCUCUGCUUGUCAUCGGAGGAGGGAUACUGACGGGUAGCUACAGAUGCUGAGGAGGGGCAGAAGAAGAAGAAUGGACUGCACUGUGCCAUCCAUCCUAAACAUGCUGUUCAUUUACAUAUAAAACAGCCUCUGUUAAUUAAGAUUCACUUUACCUGGUAACGCCUCUGAUUGAAGCUCUAUUUUUUGCCUUUUAUUUCAAAUUGCAAUUGUACUAAUUUGACAAUUUUCUAAAGAUUGUAUAAACAGUAACAAGAGAACUGCACAAAUGCAGUGCAUGAAGGAAAAAAAAAGUUUUACGCAUUUUAUUGUUGUAUGUUGUAAAAAAAAAAGCAUGAAGUCUUCUAAUAUAUUUGUGUAAAGUUUGUUUGGAGGAAUUUAAGAAUCACAAAAUUCUGAAUACUGACAAUGUUUUUAGCAUUUGUUGUGCUUGUCAUAUAUUAUAUACAUUUUGUGAUGUUAUGUUGAGUCAUAUUGUUUUAAACAGCUGUCUUUCUAACUGCUUGUCAAGUCUUAAUGUGAAAGUUGUACUUUUUAGUUGACCUUUUUUGGUAUUACAAAAAUUUGACGUUUUGCAAAUCUGCAGUUUACACAGACGAAACAUUAUUUUUGUAUGCUGUGAAUAAAUUUUUGGUAUAUUUCUAUUUCUAACCCGUGUGGCAUAUUGUUCUUGUUUUUAAAAGACAGACUUCUUAUUGUUUUUUUUUUUUUUUCAUUUACUAAUUAGGACAAAAUUUAAUUUUAAUAUUAGAUCCUGGCAGAUCUCAGGUUUUUUCCUCCCAAAAAAUCAUUUUAGUUAAUUCUGAUUUCUGAACUCCAAUUUCACAAGUAAGGCAUUCAAAAUAUGUAUUUCUAGACUUUCUUCUGUGAGGAGUGAUUAAUAUUUAUAUUAAAAGCAGAUCAGAUGUCACAUUGUAUGUCAGAGAGCAGCCAUUUUUUUUAAAACCAAAACAAAAUGAUUGUAGAGCUGACAUUUUAAAUUGCCUUUAUCAUUAUAAAACAGCAGCCUGUAUGGCUAAAAGGUUAAAAUUUCCAAAGGAUUUAACAGAAAGACCCUCAGCAUUCCUGUUUUCUGUUGAGAGGCCCGUCCUCUCUCAGUCUGAAUAAGCUUAAGAUAAGAUAAGAUAGGCUUUAUUGAUCUCACUUUGAAGAAAUUCACUUGUCACAU